GCGUUUUUAAAAGACGGAGCGCCGGUCUGCAAUGCAUUCUCUAUGGCAGGACGCGCAAGCAGCGCGCCUUUUAAAAAGCCGGCCGGAGCGUUUAAACGCUCCACGCGCCUCGCGCUUUUAGACGCGCGCCCCCGUUGAAAAAAGUUGAACUUUUGAAGAAAAGCGCUUCACGUCAUCGGCGCUUUUUUUGAACGACCAAUCAAAAUCGAGGAUGAGGCAAGGCUAAAAGUAUAAACCGAACUCAAACUGAAACAAACUGAAACAUGUCGGACGAAAGCUUGAUAACAGCUGUGAGCGAGUGUCCGGUCCUGUACGACCUCACGUUGAAGGCCUACCACGACCUAACAAAACGCAACCAGGCCUGGCGAGACAUUUCAUCUAUGCUGGGCGUUACAGCUGAAGUGUCCCGCAAGAAAUGGAAGUACUUGCGGGAUAAAUAUUUGAGGGAGAGGAAGGCAGAGAGGGACAGGAAGAAAAGUGGGGCCGGUGCCACCUCUUUCAAGAGGUGGAAGUAUAUGGCGAUCAUGGGCUUCCUGGAGCUCCAUGUGAAGGAGAGGGUAUCUUCUAGUAAUAUGGAGCAGGGAGAUUAUAGCCGGCAGGAAAUAGCACCGGAGAUCUUGGCCCUGCUAGCGCCCAGUAUGUCUCCCCAACGAGAGGUAGGCCUAUAACAAAAGCUAUAGUAGCCUAAAACAUAUGCUAAAAACAUACCCUAACAUACUAGUGUUCUUAAGGUUUUUGUUGGGUGAAGCCAGAUGCAGAGAUAUUUAUAAGUAUUCACCAUUUUAAUUUGCACAUUUUAAACAAACAAAUGUAUGCUUUCUUUCACAGGUGGUGGCUCAAAGUGAA